AUGGAGCUCGUGGUUUGGCGGGCUGUUAUCAACUUGGUCAUGACGGUGCCCCAUGCCCAUUCCCCAGUAACCGUCGACCUACUGUGGCUGCGUGAAUCCGUUCGGAUUCGACCCCGUCAGACAAUUGCUUCAAAUGCGUGGUAUCCGGCCACGACAACAAACCCUGCGACCUGUGCAACCUUCAACGUUUUGGAGACAUUUCGCUUCCUGCGCUCCAUCGCAAAAAUCAAUGUCCAAGACUAUGUGCGCACGUUGGAGAAGUUGACGGAUUCAACCGGACUGGAAAAGGUCCCAGAUCGUCGCGUUGCUUUCGGUCGAAUGGCUCGACAAUACAGCUAUCUUAAAAUGAUGAAGCGUGGAGGGGCGUUGGCUGUGCGUUGCUGGGCAUGCCCAGAUGCUUCUCGUAACUUGCCUUCCGGAUGGGACAAGGUUCCGGAGUCGAAGGCAUACUUGUAUAAGCUCAUGUUGGCAUUCGAUGCCAAUUUCCGCCUGAAGAACAAGCUUCGUGCUGGAGAACGCAUGGAUCCGGCGUUGACCGAUGGCUUGGGAUACUUCAUGCGAUCUGGACCAUAUAAAGAACAUAUCAAAACGCUCGUUGACGAAAAAGAUGUCAGUGCGCUCUAG